AAGUCGGAAGUGCGGAAACACUAUGGACAUGAGGAUACUUAUUUUUAUCUUAAUUUCUUUUUCACUGGAAUAUUUGACAGAAGCAAGUGGUGAUUGUGGAGGAUGCUUUAAACCUCCCGAUUUCACAAGUCCGUACAUCCUAAUGGAAGCACAAACCGACCAAUCCAAAGAAAUUGUAGAACACGGAUUAAAUGAAGUUCCUAUAAAAGUCGACGUGCAGGUGCGUGCUAUAAAUACAACAGAUCCCGUGUUUCCGGGACUUGGCUCCUCCCAGCGGGAUGACGACGAGCCGGCUCCAUACGGAGGCGUGGUUUAUAAGUAUAACGACAUUUCAGUUGUAUUGUAUGCCCCAAAUCGAAACGACGGUAGCUCUUCCGGAACUAUCAUUUAUACAGGAAAUGACACAUGGAACGGUCCCCACCACCAGACAGAGGAUAGGGCAGAAGUAAGAGCCAAAGUGUGGACGAAUUGUAGUUUCCCUAAGCCUCAGUUCGAUUCUGACUGGUUUCCAAUGGCAGUCAAUAAUGGAAGCCAAUCUUUUAAAGAAAUCGCACACGGGCUUGGAACUUAUCCUGAGUAUGUGUCAGUACAGAUAAAGGACAAGAACUCUAACUGGUAUUCAGAUGGCAUUGGAUCUGCAAUGACAGUUCAAAAUCUUACCCCACAAUCUGCGUGGGGAGGUGUCAUCUAUGGAUUCAACGAAAGUCAUGUCAGAAUAUGGGUUCCAGGAUUUGACUCUGGAAGCAUGUACAGCACUGCUGAUGGAUGGGGUCGUGGGUCAAAGGAGUUUUGGAAUGAGGGAUCAGUAAGGGUUAGGGUGUGGAGUCAUUUUAAAGCUGAUUUGAUAUACUCCGCAGUGUCUUUAUUGGGAAAUACUACAAGGAAACGGCAUUCCCAUCACCUAUCCACGCGUAAAGGAGGCUCAAUGGACAUUGACAAUGGAAUGAUUUACGUAACGGUUAAGGCUGUUGGAGGUAAAAAUGCCGGAUUUUCCUUCCCGGGAAUGGGAGCAGUACAAAAUGCUGAUCCCAAUGAAUCUUUUGGUGGGUUAGUGUACGCCUAUGGCCCUCGUUCAAUAGCUGUAUGGCAACACGUACAACAUGAUCAUGGAUAUCUUGUUUACAUCAACCAAAACUGGGGCGGUGGUCUGAUGUCUCAGAAAUCCAAAAACGGCAGCAUGAUAGUUCGGUUUUGGGAGCCUUACACUAGUAGAUGUCCAACCUCUCCAAUCAACCAUCCAGUUACCGUUCAUCUAGACAAUGGGAAUCCUACGACGUUAUCCUCCGUACAGUCAGCAGCAAUGACCAACACUGUACACCUACAUACGACAGCGGCACCUAACACCGUAAACACAAAUACGACAGCGUCACAAACAUCGGCUAUGCAAGCUUCAACACAUCAACAAUCCACAAUCGGAAGUAGUUCAGCGUCAUUUCUUUCCCCAGCGGCCACAUCAGAAGAAUCUCAAGGAAUGAGUGGUGCAGGUAGUGUUAGGAAUCAUCAUUGGAGCAUGUCUGUUAGUAGUAUGUGGUGUAGUUACGGGUGUCAUAUGUGCCUUUUAUAAGAAGAAAAAGAUGCAAAUCGAAGACAAGAAUGUAGUCAAUGAAUAGUUUAUUUCACUGGAUAUAUUGACGGACAAGCCAUGUGGUAGACAGGAUAUCUUCACAGCUUCAGUCGUAAUCCAUCAGUAUGGACACAACCUAGUUGUCAUUUUCACCAAGAACACAUGAGAUAUAUUGAUGAUUGCUUAAUAACAGUAUAUCCCGUUUAAAGAUGUCGGAUGGUAAUUAUCUCAUUGUUGCAAAGAUAUUUAUAAACAAUGUGGAUUCUUGUUCAAAACUAAAACAUUACUAUCAUAAUCUUUUCCUGACAAUAAAACAAAAGACAAUGCAAUCAAUUGUAUUUUGUAAAUUAUACUUUUCAAUGUUGAUAUCAAUAUAAAUGUCUAAUUUAAUUCUGAAUCAGUAAUGUUUGAAUAUUUGUAUGUUUAAUCCUUACACGACAAAUGGUAAUUCGUAUUAAACCAUUUAAAUGGUUUUAAACUGUUCUUAUUUUUUCACUUAUUAAAACAGUUUUGAAAUGUUUCCCUCCGAUAAUCGAUGACAAUUUUCGAGAUUAUAUGGGCGUUAUUGAAACCAUAUACCUACAUGCAUAAUUGAUACUUAACUUUUUUUAAUGAUAUGAUUAAAGUUACAUAAAACGUAAUAUGAAUUAAAUUUCAACGAAAAUGAGAUGAACCACUGAUAAAAAUACCCAUGUUAAGACUACUCGGACAUUCGUGUGAUCAAUACAGGAAAUCGGAAUUCCGAUCUGUUCAAUAUUUCUGUCAGGAGUUUAUCUUAUCAUAUAACGAGUUACCUAUGUCUAUAUAAGGUGACGUAAUACAGUACAUAUACUGAACACUACUAGUGCUGCUUGUUUCACCUAGGUUUUAGUGACUGCAUGUGAUGAACGCUAUUUCUCAAUCUAUAUUAAAAUCUUGAAUAGGAAUUCCCUGACUAAUUAAUCCAACAAAUCAUGGAUGUGAAAAAAAUAUUAAAGUCGCAACGUCAAACGCAUUUUUGGAUGAUUAGACGAGGAAUAAGACAGAGCUAAGAUCGUACUCUCUGUUACUUGUAUAAAAUGAUUUCUAUAAAUAAACCGGAAGGCGAACUGUAGUUUUCCACAGUCUAUACCUAUUCAUACAAUAACAUAUCUGUGACAACAAAUGGCAUAUUGCUAUACUGUACAUUAAUUAAGCUAUUGUUAAUCAAAUGAUGCCGACACAA